AUGGACACGGAGCGAGUCGGAAUCGCAGCUGAGCUGAACACCGGUAUUCGGGAGGGGGCGGAGCCCUGGAUACUGGAGCACCCGCGGUUUAAGGAGAUGAUAUCGUUGGAUGUAGCUGAAAGUUCUCAAGUUUAUUCUGCAUUUCUAGUAUACAUAGAUCUUUUAGAAGUGAGAAAUUGGCACGACUUACAGAUUUUGGGCUCGACUGAACUUCAUCUAGUCUACCUGCGCGGACAGGAGAAAGCUGACCUUAUGCCUCAGGUCAUAAUCCCCACACCAGUCACCAUGGCAUGCAGUUAUGAGAGAAUUCAGCAAUAUCUGAAACUCAGCCACACAGCAGAAGAUGAAAUGGCAACAUAUUCAAUGCUUCUAGGCAUUGUGGAAUCUGAUUCAACUAUUGUUUACUACAAACUGACAGAUGGUUUUGUGAUCCCAGAUCCUCCAGAUUUUGCAGAGGAUGUGGACAAUAAACGCUGGAAAAAGAAGAAAAUUAGGUGUUUGAGGUAGCCAAA